AUGUAUUGCCAAUGGCGUAUACACUGCUUUCGAGCACCCUUGAGAAGAUUUGCAUCUCAAGCUGACCAGGAUAUACAACUAGCCAGAGAUUGGCUCAAAACCCUCAAUUCCAAGACCAUCCCCCGCAACAUCUGCGAGGUCUCGUUCAGUCGGUCCAGCGGUCCGGGCGGGCAAAAUGUGAACAAGGUCAACUCCAAAGCUACCCUGAAAGUCCCAUUGGAUGCGUUGCUGCCCUUGGUUCCCCGUCUGAUACACCAUCCACUACGCGCUUCCCGAUAUGCCGCCGAAAGAACCCAGUGUCUAAUCAUCCAGUCGGAUGAGGAGCGGAAACAGUCUAACAAUGUGGAAUCCUGUUUUGAUAAGCUCUAUCAACUAUUGCAGAGCUCGGCCAAGGAAGUGAUCCCCGGGGAAACAUCCCAAGCGCAAAGAAAUCGUGUCCAAAAAUUACAAAGGGCUCAAAAUGAAGGCCGGAUCAAAGACAAGAAAAAACACAGCGACAAGAAAAGUAGUCGCCGGGGAAGCAAAUACGAUGACUGA